CUUUGCAGGAACAAAAAGCAAAAGGCCGUUGUUAAGAUACAAAAUCGAAUUUAAGAAGAUCUUUCACUUGCUCCUAUAGUUACUCCGCGAUGGAUCAGUCCGUGCCCGCUGCAGUAGCUGACGCUGGCCCAUCAGCUGAAAAUCGGUCUCGGCGUGAGAGCUUCGCUUCUCAAAACUCUCACACUGCUGCAGAAUUCAUCAACGCACAGCUACAGCUUGAACUCGAUGCUCGCGAGGCCCUUCCAUAUUCAUUUGAUUCAUGUACUCGGCCCUUAGGUCCCUUGAGACAGAGCCUUUUUUCCUGCUUGACAUGUAAUCCCCCGCCCGCCGACUCGAACACUCCCUAUAAUCCAGCCGGCGUGUGCUACUCCUGUUCGAUCUCUUGCCAUGGAGAACACACGCUUGUGGAGCUAUUCACCAAGCGCAACUUUGUCUGCGAUUGUGGAACAACCCGUCUUCCACCAACAUCGCCCUGCACGCUUCGGACUGAUCCGAAAACCGGCGCUAAAUCGGUGCAUUCAGACGAACCCUCGUCGGAGAACAAAUACAACCAGAAUUUUCGGAAUAGAUUCUGCUGUUGUGCGGAGGUCUAUGAUCCUCACCGGGAGAAGGGAACGAUGUUUCAGUGUCUCGGGCUAGGAAGCGUGGAAACUGGCGGCUGUGGCGAGGAUUGGUAUCACCCCGAGUGUCUCGUUGGGCUUCCUCGAAGUUGGAAUGAAAAGAACCCGGAGGAUCAAGCCAAAGACAAGGAAAAGGUUAACAAUAACUCUGAAGAAAACGCCGACAACAGCGACCCGCCAUUGCCACCCGGGUUUCCAGGCGAAGAUGAGUUUGAGAGCUUCAUCUGCUAUAAGUGUUUAGAUUCAAAUGUAUGGCUGAAACGCUAUGCUGGCACUCCAGGAUUUCUUCCGCCUGUCUAUAAAAAUCGAUCCAACCCAGCCCAGGCAGACAUUACCGUACUCACGCCAAAUGCGCCUGCAAAGGACGAUUCCGGCAGAAAACGUAAACUAGACAUCGACCUUGACAGCGAGCCAGGAUUAAAGCGCGCCAAGAGUGACUCUACGAAUGAGGAACCUUUGAAAAUUUCGACCCCUCCAGCUUUAGUCAGAGAAAAACAUAACUCUCUUCCCCAAGAUAUCCCUUCUGGAACUUUUUCUCUCUUUGUCAAAGAGGAUUUCCGUGACUACCUUUGCCAUUGCGCCGCUUGCUUCCCUUCACUCAUUCCCCAUCCACAACUCCGCGAAGAAGAAGAGACCUACGAGCCACCUCUCUCAGAGCCGGGCGACGGCGCACAGGGAGCUCCUAGCGCUGGCAGCCAGCAUACAGGCAGUUUACUUGAGCGCGGGGAGGCAGCACUAAGUAAUCUCGACCGGGUUCGUGCAAUUGAGGGUGUAAUGGUUUAUAAUCACCUAAAAAACAAGGUCAAGGAGUUUCUGCAGCCAUUUGCAGAGAGUGGCACACCAGUUGGGGCAGAGGAUAUCAAAGCCUAUUUUGAGAAAUUAAGAGGCGAUGACGAAGCGAUCAGAGAGGCGGGAUCCAAGAGAAACGGAUCAUAUGAGGACAACAAUGAUGAAGGCGACUCCAGGAGGGAGCAGAGCGGGUACUAA